AUGAGUCGUCAGAUUUCAGCAGGCAGCCAACGAAAUGCACCAAGCCCUUUGACCCACUGUGGUGCAAGCAGCUCAAGCUCCUGGCAACAUUCUGGCUCCAGGAGCAGCAGGAAAAUGUCCAACUUUGGAGGAAGGACAACUUUAUCCUUGUGUGGAGAUCACAAGAGUGGCAGCUGUGGAGGUGGAAUCCAAGGAGUAACAAGGAGAUACAGCAUCCAGGGAGUACAUGUUGAUCCAAAACUGUUGGAGCCAUUCCAUAUCAAGAUCUCCCCCGAGAUCCAGAAAGUGAAAUGCAAAGAGAUGGAGCAAAUGAAGUCCCUUAACAGCAAAUUUGUUGGUUUCAUUGAUAAGGUGCAGUGCCUGGAACAGAAGAACCAACUGCUAGAAAUUAAAUGGGCCUACCUCCAGCAACAAACUAAACCACCAACUGAAAGCUUACAGUACUUGUUUGAACAAUACAUUGCAAGCCUGAAGAAGGAGUUGGAAUAUUUGCAAUAUGAGAAGGAGAAAUUGCAAAGUGAUAGUGAAAGUACAAAGGCACAAACUGCAGAUUGCAAGUGCAAAUAUGAAGAGAAAGUCAACCAGCAUGUUGCAGCACAGAAAGAGAUUAUAGCACUUAGGAAGGAUGUAGACUGUAUCUUUUCAAAUAAUGCAGAGCUGGAGAGGAAAGUCAGUCUCCUGGCCAAAGAGAUCAAGUUCUUGAAAUGUGUAUAUAAGAAGUAUGAAGAGGCUCAAAGUAAGAGAUCUCGUUUUGAAUGGGAUAUGAAGAAUCGAGAACAGCAGAUUUCAGAACUUAUUGAACAAGUUGAAAAAGUCCAGUGUGAAAUUCAGAGUUUGCAGAAGGAGAACGAAGAGCUCAAGAAGACAAUUUGCGAGGCAACCAAAGGAGGUGAACAAGCCUCCGUGGAAGGUCAACAGAAAUAUGCUGAGCUGGUGAAGGCCCUUCAAAAUGGCAAGGAUGAACUGGCCAGCCUAGUACGUGACUACCAAGAAGUCCUGAAUGUGAAGAUAGUUCUUGAUAUUGAGAUUGCAGCUUACAAAUGUUUGUUGGAGGGAGAAGAAGAGAGCUGUGACCGAUUCCCCAUGCAGUUCUCAGAGUGCAACGAAACAAGGAAAGGAACGCAGUGA